GAUUGUUUUUAGACGGUUUUAUUUCUCAGUAGAACGCCCAUAUCCCGCGCUCGUCUACGAGUUAUCUUGAUCUUCGCAGCUUGACAAGAAACACCGAGGAGUAAAGGAAAAGUUUCCAACCAGCAGAGAAGAACAAAAAUGGUCGACGUUCUUCCAGGCAGUGCUGCGACACCAUCAUGUUCGAGCACAAGCAUACCAACCAUUGGCGACAACUCGAGCUCUUCAUCGAAUAGUACAGCUUAUUGUUCUGCUCAAGAAGGAGGAGCAGGCGCAGGAGAUGUAGGUGGAUCAUGUGCUGGGACGACCACUAGGAAGAGGCCACGUGGCCGAAGUAGGAGUCCUGAGAUGACGCAUUAUGCUAGGGAUCCCUUGAACCCUUGGCCUAUAUUUCCAAUGAACCUGACGCCUGAUCAGUAUCAGUCGCGGGUCUUGCGUGCUGCGGUGGCGAACCUGCCACAGCUUCAUCUCGAUUUUUACGCUUGGGACGAUAAAAAACCGCGACAAAACAUAGCGACUGCGAGUGCGGGGUCGGGGGCCCGAAGUCGAGCGGGCAGCAUGUCAUCGCCUGAUCCUGGUACUUUCGUGCUACUAUCUUGUCAAGAGCCAAGAAUUAUUGGAAUAUGAUCCACCAUGAUAUCCAAUGACCUUGAAUUCUUUUGAAUGAUUCCGUUUCCUGUUCCAGUUUCAAAGAAUAUAUUUCCUGUUGAGUACAAUUACAUUAUAGACCACAUUCCUUUUCCUCCACUUCGUCUUCGAAACAUCAAACAACAGCACCACAUCCCGUCGUUGAGCUAGGGGAGCAGAUGUUGAUAGAUAAGAAGCUGUUUGACGAUUUGUCUGUAUGGCAGCGACGACCAGGAUGGAAGGGUAUGUUCAUUAUGUGUCUGAAAGUCGAAAAUCACAAUGGCCAAGUCGAAGAGGAUUUUCCGAAGCUACGAGAGCACGUCACGCCUGCAAAUAGAGCAGACUGGGAGAAGAAAAGGC